GAAUAAACCAAGACUUGCUUUUGUUUUCUUCUCUAAUUGUGCAGAAAAUGAUGACCCAGAUUGAAAAUUUCAAGAAAAUUAAGCGGCUUUCUCUUCUUGACCCAUUACAGAGCAUUCUUGGUGGUCUAUUCUUUCUCUCUCUAUUCAUCAUCUUCUGUUUCUUUUAUUUGGACUACCAACGAGCAACCAACAACAACAACAACGUUAAUUCUAUCCAAUCAUGGACCAUUUCGAAUUCUUCCAUUGUUAACCAACUCCCAAGUUUCCUUGAAAAUGGCGGAAAAAACUGCAACGUUUUCGAUGGAAAUUGGGUUUGGGACGACACUUAUCCUUUAUAUAUGUCCCAAGAUUGCACCUUUUUAGACGCAGGCUUUCGUUGUUCUGAAAAUGGAAGACCCGAUAGUUUCUAUACUAAGUGGCGAUGGCAACCCAGAUACUGUAACUUGCCUAGGUUUGAUGCUAAGAUGAUGUUGGAGAAACUUAGGAACAAACGGCUAGUAUUUGUCGGAGAUUCUAUAGGAAGAAAUCAAUGGGAAUCACUUCUCUGUUUGCUAUCCUCAGCCGUAGAUGAUAAGAGUUCAAUCUAUGAAAUUAACGGAACCCCAAUUUCAAACCACAACGGCUACUUCAUCUUUAAGUUUCGCGAUUUCAACUGCACUGUCGAAUAUUACAGGUCUCCUUAUUUGGUGGUUCAAGGUCACCCUCCAAAGGGAGCUCCUAAACAAGUUAAGGUAGUUCUCAAGUUGGAUAAGUUGGAAUGGAGUUCUGGUCAUUGGAGAGACGCGGACGUGCUCAUCUUCAACUCCGGGCAUUGGUGGAAUUACGAGAAGACUAUUAGGAGGGGUUGUUAUUUUCAAGAAGGAGACCAAGUGAAGAUCAAUAUGAGCUUAGACGAAGCGUUUAGGAAAUCUAUAGAGACUCUCGUUAAGUGGAUAGAAACCGAAGUUGAUUAUAUUAGCAAGACCAAUGUUUUCUUUCGAAGUUAUGCGCCCGUCCAUUUUACCGGUGGGGGUUGGAGGAAUAGGGGAAGUUGUUAUAUGGAGACGAUGCCAAACUUAGGUUCUUCGUUGGUUUCACAAGAAACGUUCAAUCAAUUUAGGAUUGUUAUAGAUGUUUUCAAUCAAUCCUCGCGAAUAAAACUAUUGGAUAACUUGUUGAAUGUGACCAAUAUGAGUUCGAGGAGAAAAGAUGGACAUUUAUCGGUUUAUUACUUAGGACCAAAGAAAGGUGUCGCCCCUCUUCAUCGACAGGAUUGUAGCCACUGGUGCCUCCCUGGUGUACCAGAUUCGUGGAAUGAGCUUUUUUAUGCGUUUUUCUUGAAGAGGGAGUUGAACCAAACAAGACACAAGCAUAUGUACACAUGAUAACAAAUAAGUUUUUAUAGGUAAAGAAUCAUGUUUAU